AGCAUCACAAGCAUUUUAUUUUCUUUGUUUGUACAGUUAACUGAGCUCUUAUGUCUAUCAUAAAGGCAUAAAACUUUCACAUUUUCACAUGACAUGAGAUAGGAUUUAUCAUCAAAGUAAUCAUCUGCACAUGCAUAUAAACUCAGACAAACCUCUAACUUGCUUGAGUUUGAUAAUCCAGUCCAGUCAUCUAGUUUGCUUUACUUCUUCUCAUCAGUGUAAUGUUAUAUCUAUAAGGUAAAGCAGUAAGAAAAAAGUUGUUAGGCUUUCGUAUCUCAAGUAAGUUUAGGACUAAUUAAACACAAGGCACUUGAAUGACAAACUACAAAUUGUUUUUUGUUUUGCAGACGGACAAAUCUGAGAGAUCAGGGAAAUCUUCUAGUCUUCGGGAAGCUCUAGAGAAGGAGAGGAGGGCCAAGGCUGCUCUUGAAGAGGCAUUGAAGAAAGAAAAAAGAGAUAAAGCUUCUCUUCGAGAGGCCUUGAAGAGGGAAGAAAGGAAAAAGAAAAAAGCUCUGGAGCAGGAGCAAAAAGAAAAAGAAACUCUUGCAAAGACUCUGAAAAAGGCGCAAGCUGAGAAAGACAGCCUACGAGUUGAAGCAGAACUCAUGAGGACACGAGUGGCUGAUCUUAAGAAGUCACAAAAGGAGCUGCAGCGCAGAAAAGCACAACUGAAGGACACAAUCACUAAAAUGUCAGCUGAGCUUAAUGAGGACAAGAUGGUGAUUGAGAAGCUCAAGAGUGAUGUGGAGGCGACCUCUAGUGAGCUCCUAAAUGAAAUAGCAGAACGCGAGAAGGUGAACUGUGCCGAAAUCAAGGCACUAAAGGAAAGCCUCAGUGAGCAGCAGGUGGAAAUUCUCGAGAAAGACUAUAAAAUUGAGUCCCUGCACAUCAAUAUUCAGAAUCUUCAAAGCAAUAUUGAAGACAAGGACAACACUGUUUCCUCACUGCAGGAGAAAGUUGACCAGUGGGCCUCAGACCUCAAAGAAGAGAGAAGAAAAAACAGUAUACUCCAGAGGGACUAUGAGGCCGCUGUCUCCCAGCAACAGAAGGAAGCAGAAAAACUGGACAGUUUGACUCAGGAAAACCAACAACUGGAUUCUCGGAACAAGAGGCUGCAAGAUGAACUUGACGCUGCCAUAAAACAGAGGGAGUUUGACAAAAAAGAACUUCAGGAAAACAGAGAAGCUCGCAGCAGACUCGAGGAUGCCGUUAAGAAGGAGAAGGCUCAGUUCUCAAGAGCGUAUAAAAAGAUACAGACGCAAAAGAAAGAGCUCUUAGAGAAGACUCUGGCUUUAGAGAAGAGUCUGACCACUGAAAAAAAUUUAAAGGCUUUCCUCAAACAGGAGAGGAUGUGCUUUGAGCAGGUGGUUUCACAAAAUCAGGCUGCUACGGAUGCUCCAACAAUUCCCAGUAACCAGCUGAGGGAAGUAUCUGUGUUAACAGAUCGUCUGAUGUACGACACACAGACAUUAAGGAUGGAGAAUGCAGAUCUCAGAGCUAAAUUCAAGUCUAUUGAGACAGACUAUGACAGAAUCAAAUCUGAGUACUGCUCUCUCUCAGAGGGCAAUGAAGAGAUGCUGUCAAUGAAAAACAAAAUUAUCUCUGAGAAUGAGCAUACCAUUGCUAAGCUCCAGUCCAAGGUGGAUGAACUACAAGCACAACACUCAGACAGCAAGACAAGAAAGGAAGAACUUGAAGAGACCUUAAAAUAUGAAAAGACCAGAAACUCUGAGUUGCAGGAGAGAGUUGAUCAAAUUUCCUGUGCUUUUAAAAAAGAAAGGGAGACGUGUGAGCAGCACCAUGUCAAGCUCAUGGAAGCUUUGUCCAAACAACUAGAAACUCUGGAGGAAAAGAAGAAACUCGCCAUGGCUCUCCAGAAAGCGGAGGAGAACUACUCCAGGCUGCAGGGACAACAGCUGACAGAGUCCAAAUCUCAACUCAGACACAUCAAUGACACUGAGCUCAGGCUUAACCAGCAGAAAGGUGCCCUGGAUGAGAGCUUGAAGGCUCUAUACCAGCUGCAACAGGAACACAUCGAUUUAGGGAGGAGGCACAGAGACAUUAAUUCUGACUAUUGUGCACUGCUUAAAACUCACAGUGCUCUCAAAAUCAGCUAUGAGAGGCUGUGCUAUGCACAAGGCAAAUCCCGGCCAGAAUUCGCUCCACUUCAAUUCACGAUAACUUGCCCCUGAACAUACUCCAUGAACUUUCAAAACUGACUCUAUUCUUCACUUCAUCUUUAAUUUUGUCAUUAUAUUGAUCAUUUAAUUAAACUUAUGAGCUAUUAAACCGUUAUUUUAAUGACCAGUAGUAUAGGCAAUGGCGCCGGGGGGGCCGCAGCCACCCUGAUAAAUUUGAUGCUGCCCCCCAACCUACCAUCCCCCCCACCCCACCACCACCACCACACUCCACUACCAAGUCGUACUUUCCGAAACACAAGAGUGGAAAAUAUAUGUUCCGUGAACUUUGGCGGCUGGCAUGACCUAACUUAUGCAGUUUUUAAGUGCCUAAUUUGAUUACCUAGCUUAAGUUAGCUGGUGCUACAUGUUAUUUAACUUGAUGUUUGACACAAUCUAUACAACAUUCAUAUCGGUAGUGGUAUAUAAGUUAUGUCAAUUUGCAAACAAUGAAGAGAAAGUCAGACAUCUCUACUUACUUUAAGAAGAAAAUGGCAAGUG